GACGUUGGACCAAUUUAAACGUGGCGUGUGUACGUGCGUGCACGCGCUUUGGGGAUUCCCCCGUGCACCAAAACAGCCUUGCCUUUCACAUGUCACUGCGCUUAUCGCCUUUCAGUCCCUGCUCUACCCGCUCAUAUGCUCUGCGGCCCGAGCGCGCGCUGCACGCACCGGAUAUCCACCUCUCGCUGCUUCUGCUCGCUCAAAACGUGUGCACUUUUAAACGUGUAUGACUGCGCAUUUGGAGGUAAUGUACCGCGGUGAUUGGCAUGAAAGCUUGGGAUAAGUUUUACCAAGGUGCACCGAGCGGCCACGAGCCCAGCUGCCGCCUGUGAGAGCUCAGGGACGGGCGAGGGGCCACCAUGAGCAGCAGCUGUGGAGGCGGCAAGCAUGACUCCCUGGACGAGAGCCGCAUGGACUCUGGGAUCGACUCCUAUCAAUCCAUGUACAAGUCAGAAGAACCCCGCAAUGUGAGCUCCGACUUCAGCGGGCCCAGGGACAAGUUUUUGUCCGUGGAUGAGCGUCUGGACUCGGCGUACGGCUCGACGUCUCUCACCGUGGAGAGUCUGGGGGAGAUCGUCAAGAGCUGCUCAAUCUCCCCGCCGGACCCCGAGGCGCCCCAGGAGGAGGAGAACCCACUCACAACAAUCACGGAAGAUGGAGACACAAUGUUACACUUGGCCAUCAUUCACGAGGACGAGAACAUUGCCCAGCAGCUCAUAGAUAUAUUCCCAAAGGAAGUACUGGACAUUCAGAAUGACUUGUAUCAGAGCCCCCUGCACCUGGCCGUGUACCUGGACCAGCCGGAGGUGGUGAGGAGCCUGGUGGAGAGUGGGGCCAGUCUGGACCUCCAGGACAGAGAUGGUAACACGGCCCUGCACGUGGCCUGUCAGCACGGCCAGACCCAGUGCGUCAGCCACAUGACCCGAGACCUGUCCCCCACCAAACUGGCCCCAGUCCUGGAGACCCACAACUGGAGAGGUCUGGCUUGUCUACACUUAGCUGCUCUGUUCGGACAGCACGAGGUCUUCAAACUUCUGAGGAAAAAAGGCGCUGAGCUAAAUAUUCAGGAUGGCACCAGUGGGAAGACCCCCCUGCACUUUGCGGUGGAGCUCCAUGAUGUUGCCCUGGUGACAUUGCUGCUGAGCUGGGGAGUGAACGUGGACGCGGCCAUGUUUAAUGGCUGCACACCCCUCCACCUGGCCGUAGGUCGACAGGACGCCCACAUCGCCAACCUGCUGUGCCAGUCUGGAGCUGACAAGAUGCUCCGGAACAUGGAGGACGAGACACCGCUGGACCUGGCCGAUGGGAAUGAUGAUAUCCUGGCCUUGUUCCCGUUCGACGACAUCCAUAUCUCGGGCCGCUCUGUGGUGGGAGUGAACUAUUGAACUUUGGGGGUUUGCAGCUGGACGUAGCUUCACUGGUGUAACAAAUGCACAGUGGUUUUCCAAUUCAUAGUUAUUAUUAUUGUUAGUGUAACACACAUGAAUUCCUCUGUAUUUACAUACUACCAAAAUAAAAAUAUACACACUUUUUUAAAAAUUAAAAUGAACUUUUUGUUUAGAAAAUUAAUUACUUCUACUCAAUAUUAUUUCUGGCGGUUUUGGAAAUGCCUGGCAAAACAUUGGAGAUUUUGUGUAUUUUUUGUAUUAUUAAAGCAAGGCACUACAUGUAAAUGCCUUGAUUACUGGCAUCAACAUAAAAUAAAAAAGAAAUGUGUAUAAAUAAUGUAAUAGAAUAAACGUCUAUAUGGCAAAAUUGAAAAUAACUUGUACAUGUAGUGUCUUGCAUUAAAGGUCCUGUUCCUGAUUUUCCUGUCUUAAAUAUGUGAAAAGCAGAACUAGUUCAUUUUAAACAGUUUGCAGUGAUCCAAAGUUAUUCCUCUCUUACCUUAUGCAUUCAGAGCAUCAUAAUUAUUCACUGCAAUGAGUGUAUAUGCACUUUUCACAGCUUUAAUCACGGUAAUGCUAACAACAACUAGCAUUAGUGCACUUCCUGAUUCUCGAAUAAUAAAAUAAAUUAUAAUUACACGAAGACAGUACACAGAGGGCUUAUUUUGACUGGUCUGCUUAUAGGCCACAAAAUAUCUGUACUGGGGCAAAACAAAUUUUGCUCAAAUAGAUGGAAAAAUCUGGUACAGAGCCUUUAAGAAAUAUAUUUUAGUAAUGCUAAUAUAUGGAUAAAUUUGACUCUGAUUAACUGUCUAAUAUGUGCCAUAGAGUAGGGGUUCUUAACCUUUUCCAUCUCGGGGCCCAUCUUUUUCUGUCUGGGGCCCAAUCUCAUAUUAAAUGUAUGAUGUGAUUAUUCUGAUUGUGCGGUCCUCAAGGAGGUGUUGAUGGCCCUACUUUGGGCCCCGGUCCUAUGGUUAAGAAUCACUGUCAUCUUAUGGAGCAUCUUAUGGUUUUUUGCUGCUUUGCAUUUUGAGUUGUUUUCAUUAUUAUUUAUCUUUGGUGUGUAACCUAAUACACUGGCGGCUUGAUAGUUUGAUAAUAGCAGGUCAUCUAUUUUUUAAUAAAAGUUUGAAAACUAUUAGCAAUUC